AUGAAUGUGGCAACUCAACUUGCAGAUCUGUUGGCAUGGUUGCAUAAAAAUAAAAUUGCAGUUGGCUGUAUCAUUGCUUCAUGCAUUAUGAUAGAUAAGGAAGUGAAUAUUAAAGUGUUUGACUUUGGUUACAUUUGCAAUCGUGUCAACGAGGAUUCUGUAAUUCCUCUUAAGUAUGUUGUUGGCAGAUAUCCUGAGGAUGUUUCAAAAGGUGGGUGUUGGACGAUGAAAUCUGAUGUUUAUAUAUUUGGUCUUCUACUGGUGGAGUUGAUAACCAAAACGAAGCUUCAUUCUGAUCCUUCCGUUUUCGAUAAUUGUAAACCUGACUCUUUUGUUCACAAAAGCUUUGAAGAUGUUGAUGAUCAAACUGUAUUUGGUAUCACGUCUCUGGCUUGCCGUUGCGUGAGUGCUGAUCCAAGCGAAAGGCCAACAAUGAAGAUGGUUUUAGACGAUUUGAAUAAUUUGAAUAAAUUAAGGAAGAUAGAGAAGAAGGUAGAGGGAAAACGAAAAAGAGGUGAAAAUGAGUCCACAGUAGAAUAA